AACAUAAAAUGGCUUCUAAGUUUUCAGAGGAGGAUUUGUCCUGUCCUGUGUGCUGUGACAUCUUCAAGGAUCCUGUUCUUCUGCUCUGCAGUCACAGUGUGUGUAAAGAGUGUUUGCAGCUGUUCUGGGAAGCCAAAGGAUCCAGAGAAUGCCCUGUUUGUAGGAGUAUGUCAUCUCUAGAAAAACCUCCUACAAAUCUGGUUUUAAGAAACCUGUGUGAGACUUUCCUACAGGAGAGAAAUCAGAGAUCAUCAGCAUUAAAAACAGUCUGCAGUCUGCACAGUGAGAAACUCAAACUCUUCUGUCUGGACGAUCAGCAGGCUGUUUGUUUGGUGUGUCGGGAUUCAAGAAAACACACCAACCACAAAUUCCGCCCCAUUGAUGAGGCAGUAACAGACUGUAAGGAGAAGCUCAAAACUGUACUGACGCCCCUACAGAAGAGACUGAAGAUAUUAAAUGACUGUAAACUGAACUGGAUUAAGACGGCAGAACAUAUUAAGAUUCAGUCCCGACACACAGAGCGUCAAAUUAAGGAGGAGUUUGAGAAGCUUCACCAGUUUCUACAAAAUGAAGAGGCAGCCAGGAUCGCUGCACUGAGAGAGGAAGAGGAGCAGAAGAGUCAGAUGAUGAAGGAGAAGAUCGAGAAGCUGAGCAGAGACAUAUCAUCUCUUUCAGACAAAAUUAGAGCCAUAGAAGAGGAGAUGAGAGCUGAAGACGUCUCGUUCUUACAAAACAACAAAGCCACAAUGAAAAGAGCCCAGUGUACACUGCAGCAUCCAGAGGAGCUUUCAGGAGCACUGAUCCAUGUGGCAAAACAUCUGGCCAACCUGAGGUUUAGAGUCUGGGAGAAGAUGCAGCACAUAGUUCAAUACACACCUAUAACUCUAGACCCCAACACAGUUCAUCCUAAUCUUAUUGUAUCUGAUGAUCUGACCAGUGUGAGAUUCAGCGAUGACAAUCAGAAACUUCCUGAUAAUCCAGAGAGAUUUGAUGAAUAUGUGUGUAUCCUGGGCUCUGAGGGCUUUACCUCAGGAACACACUGCUGGGAUGUUGAAGUUGGAGACUGUUCAUUUUGGUUUGUGGGUGUGAUGACAGCAUCUGCUAAGAGGAAGGGAGACACAAUCUCCAGAAGUGGAAUCUGGUGUGUGGAUUAUUAUAACGGUAAAUAUACUGCACGUUCUUCUCCAAAGCCAGCCACUUACCUCUCAGUAGCAAAGAAACUUCAGAGGAUCAGAGUGAAUUUGGACUGGGACAGAGGAAAACUGUCCUUCUUCGACCCUUUUACUAACACACACAUACACACUUUCACACACACAUUUACUGAAAAAUUACUGCCAUUUCUUUAUGUUAUUGGGUCUCUAAAGAUCCUCCCACUUCAGUGCUCUGUAAGAGUUACCCAGGGUUAGUUUGAAUUGCCUCACAGACGUAAAAAAUAUAUAGUUAUAGAAAGCGAAAUGUCUGCUUUUACAUAAACUAAUGGAAAUUUUUUUUAGAUGAUGUAAUUCGUAUGAAACAUGAAUAUAGGCGCAUCCACUGCUGCGGAGACGACGAGAUGACAUGAUUACCUUCAUCACUACAGACGAAAACAACGAAAUCACUAAUUUAUCAAUGAAUUAUUAAAAUGGUCAGAGUCAGUCUCCAUGCUGUUUUCACCGACACAUUCAUAAUCAUUAGUCUACUUCUGCCGGUACGCUCUAGUGAACUUUAUGUGUGUAGCUGAACGCUGAUUAACGAAAAAAAUCAAUCUAUGUUGUUUUUCUGGUUUUCUGUUUUUCUAUUCCAAAAUCCCUGGGGAAAAAGAAACCUAUGAAACAUUUACAGAAAUGUAAGACAAUAAAUUUUUUUGAUUGAUUAAAAUUUUCUAUUCUGAAAGUCUAUUUUUCAAGUAAU